AUGAGUCGCACAAACCGUUGCUCCCUUCUUCUCCCCAGACAGGCAGGUAAUCCCUCUUCUUCCUUUCGCUGAAUCAGCUGGAGAAGAAAGCCCAGCAGGGGCUGGCCAGCCUCAGCCAGGGGACCUACCGAGGCCCCAGUAGAUAAAUGGCAAGCAAAAAACGAGAAGCCCAGUUACAGGUGGGUCUGACAUAUCAACGAUUCUUCACCGGCUGCACCGGUGCCUGAUACCUUUUACAGCGCCUUCCUCUUCGCAGGCUGUCGUCGACAGUCAAAGCCUGUGGGAUGAGAUGCUGCAGAACAAAGGCUUAACAGUGAUUGAUGUUUACCAAGCCUGGUGUGGACCUUGCAAAGCAAUGCAACCCUUAUUCAGAAAAUUGAAAAAUGAACUGAACGAAGAUGAAAUUCUGCAUUUUGCUAUCGCAGAAGCUGACAACAUUGUGACUUUGCAGCCCCUUAGAGAUAAAUGUGAACCCGUUUUUCUCUUUAGCGUUAAUGGCAAAAUUAUCGCAAAGAUUCAGGGUGCAAAUGCACCGCUUGUUAGUAAAAAAGUUGUUAACUUGAUUCAUGAGGAGAGGAAAAUUGCAGCAGGUGAAAUGGCUCGACCUCAGUAUCCUGAAAUUCCGCUGGUAGACUCAGAUUCAGAAGCUGAUGAGGAAGCACUGCAUGAAAGUGAUCAGGAAUCAUAUAGUAUUGCUAUAAUCAAACCUGAUGCUGUGAUUAGUAGAAAAGGUGUAGAAAUUAAAAGAAAAAUUACCAAAGCAGGAUUUUUCAUAGAAGCAGAAGAUAAGAUAGUGCUCACUGAAGAACAAGUUGUCAACUUCUAUAGCAGAAUAGUGGACCAGCCUGACUUUGAAGAGUUUGUCUCUUUUAUGACAAGUGGCCUGAGCUAUGUUCUAGUUCUAUCUCAAAGAAGUAAACACCAUCCUCCCUCUGAAGAAACUGAACCACAGCCUGACACUGAACCUCACAAACCAUCUGAGGAUCAGCCUGAGGUCAAAGCCAAGGUCACAACUGGAGUGACGAAGAAGAAACGAGACAGUUUACAAGAAUAUCUGGGAAGUCAGCAUGAGUCUCAGCUUUGUGACAUUGAAGAGGAUGCAGCUAAUGUGGCCAAGUUCCUUGAUAUCUUCUUUCCUGAUUUUAAAAAAAUUAAAAGAAUGAAAUUAGAAAAGAUAUUGGCAUUACUUCGACCAAAUCUCUUUCAUGAAAGGAAAGAUGAUGUUUUGCAUAUUAUUAAAGAUGAAGACUUCAAAAUACUGGAGCAAAGACAGCUAGUAUUAUCAGAAGAUGAAGCACAAGCACUGUGCAAGGAAUAUGAAAAUGAAGAUUAUUUUAAGAAACUUAUAGAAAACAUGACCAGUGGUCCAUCUCUAGCCCUUGUUUUAUUGAGGGAUAAUGGCUUGGAACACUGGAAACAGUUACUGGGACCAAGAACAGUUGAAGAAGCCAUUGAAUAUUUUCCAGAGAGUUUAUGUGCACGAUUUGCGAUGGACAGUUUGCCAGUCAACCAGUUAUAUAGCAGUGAUUCGUUAGAAACUGCUGAAAUGGAAAUAAAGCAUUUCUUUCCUCUUCAAAGCACCUUAGCCUUGAUUAAACCUCAUGCAACACGUGAACAAAGAGAGAAGAUCCUGAAGAUCAUUAAGGAGGCUGGAUUUGAACUGACACAGGUGAAGCAAAUUCUCCUAACUCCUGAUCAAGCAGAGAAAAUCUAUUCAAAAAUAACAGGAAAAGACUUUUAUAAAGAUUUAUUGGAAAUGUUAUCUGAGGGUCCAUCUAUGGUCAUGGUUCUGACAAAGUGGAAUGCUGUUGCAAAAUGGAGACUAUUAAUAGGCCCAACGGACCCAGAAGAAGCAAAAGUACUUUCCCCUGACUCCAUCCGAGCCCAGUUUGGAAUAAGUAAGUUGAGAAAUAUUGUCCAUGGAGCAUCUACUGUCUAUGAAGCAAAAGAGGUUAUUAAUAGACUCUUUGAAGACUUUUCUUCUGAGAAUCCUGAAGAAAAUUAAAGUACAUACUAGGAAGAACUUGGAGAAGAUAAUACAAAGUUCACAUCGACAUAUAGUCAUUCGGCACAGCUUCCUGGGAGGAAUAAUAAGAAAAACAUGCUUUGAAGGAAGACUCAUCUCAAGACACAAAAAUGCAUGGCUAUGCAUAAUAACAAUAAAAACGUUAUCCCCGAGCAAA